AAAAAAAAAAAAAAAAACCAAAAACCAAACAAAACAAAUGCCCAGUAGAGAACAAGUACUGUAACAAUCUCCUUGUAAUCUAUUUAAAUUUGUAAGUGGAGCAAAUCCAGUAAAAAUAUCAGCCAACUGGAGAAAUGUAAUGUUCAAAUGUGCUUCCCCGUAUUCUUAUGUAAAGGUGUGGCAAAGAGAUAAAGAAUGGAAUUCUGGGAGAAAGUAGUCUCAAUCUAUAAAGAUCUUUGGAGGAGGGCUACAAACAGACCAGGAGGAGAGAGGAGAAGCUGGAAAACUGCCUUCUAACUAACUGCAGAGCAGGCUCAUAUGAAUCAACCAACUGGGUGAAAAGAUAAGUUGCAAUCUGAGAAUUAAGACUUGAUCAGAUACCAUCUGGUGGGGGGUACCAACCAGCCAGUCUGCUCAUUUUCCUUCAGGCUGAUCCCAUAAUGCAUCCUCAAGUGGUCAUCUUAAGCCUCAUCCUACAUCUGGCAGAUUCUGUAGCUGGUUCUGUAAAGGUUGAUGGAGUGGCAGGUUCGUCUGUCACACUACCCUGCCACUACAGUGGGGCUGUCACAUCCAUGUGCUGGAAUAGAGGCGCAUGUUCUUUAUUCACAUGCAGAAUUGGCAUUGUCUGGACCAAUGGAACCCACAUCACCUAUCAGAAGGACACACGCUAUAAGCUAUUGGGGGACCUUUCAAGAAGGGAUGUCUCUCUGACUAUAGAAAAUACAGCUGUGUCUGACAAUGGCGUAUAUUGUUGCCGCGUUGAGCACCGUGGGUGGUUCAAUGACAUGACAAUCACCAUAUCAUUGGAGAUUGUGCCACCCAUGGUCACGACUACUCCAAUUGUCACAACUGUUCCAACCGUCACGACUGUUCGAACGAGCACCACUGUUCCAACGAGCACCACUGUUCCAACGACAACGACUGUUUCAAUGACAACGAGCGUUCCAAUGACAACGAGCAUUCCAACGACAACAAGUGUUCCAAUGACAACAAUGGUCUCUACCUUUGUUCCUCCAAUGUCUUUGCCCAGGCAGAACCAUGAACCAGUAGCCACUUCACCAUCUUCACCUCAGCCAGCAGAAACCCACCCUACGACACUGAAGGGAGGAAUAAGGACACAACUCACCAGCUCACCAUUGUACUCUUAUGCAACAGAUGGGAAUGACACCGUGACAGAGUCUUCAGAUGGCCUUUGGAAUAACAAUCAAACUCAACUGUCCCCAGCACACAGUCUACAGACGGCCAACACCACUAAAGGAAUCUAUGCUGCAGUCUCUAUUUCUGUUUUGGUGCUUCUUGCUCUUUUGGGUGUCAUCAUUGCCAAAAAGUAUUUCUUCAAAAAGGAGGUUCAACAACCAAGUGUUUCGUUUAGCAGCCUUCAAAUUAAAGCUUUGCAAAAUGCAGUUGAAAAGGAAGUCCAAGCAGAAGAAAAUAUCUACAUUGAGAAUAGUCUUUAUGACACGGCCUAAGACCCAGUGAUGCUCUUUGAGAGUUUACCCCCAUGACUGCAGAAGACUGAACAGAUAUCAGCACAUCAGACAUCUUUUAGACCCCAAGACAACUUUUCUGUUUCAGUUUCAUCUGGCAUUCCAACAUGUCAGUGAUACUGGGUAGAGUAACUCUCUCACUCCAAACUGCGUAUAGUCAACCUCAUCAUUAAUGUAGUCCUAAUUUUUUAUGCUAAAACUGGCUCAAUCCUU